CCAGGGGUGAAUUUCUCCCCCUCCCCGGGGACGGAAGGACCGACCCCCGUCCCCCUUUUCUCCUUCUGUCUUCCUCUCCCCUCCCAGCCUUUGGGAAAGGUGAAGGGGUGGGGGCACUGCCUGGAGCCCGGGCUGGAGUGGCCUGGAAAGGCCCUCCAGGACCGGGAGUUGUGAGUUGAACGAGGAGUAGAGGGGCUUAGGGUCGUGUAAGAGAAAAGACCCCCGUCCCUCCCAUGGGCUCUAGGCAGGUCUUUGAGCUGCUGCACCUUGGGGCUCUUGGGGUAUAAUUCCAAAGGCGAUGUCUGGAGGGAGUUGCUGGAGGAACCUACCUUCCCUUGGCUGGGGAGUCCCUCCCUAGAGGGGACUCCCUCUUGGGACUCCUCCCUUAGUGUGGCAGAAUGGGGGGCAACGGCUCCGCUUUGAGAGUCUGCACAGAUCACAAAGGAGGUAUCAACUGGCUCAGCCUGAGCCCCGACGGCCGGCGGCUGCUGACAGGCAGCGAGGAUGGCACCGCUCGCCUCUGGAGCACAGAUGACAGCCAAUGUCAUGGACACUUCCAAGGACACGAAAGCUAUAUCACUUUCUGUCAGUUGGAAAAUGAAGCUGCCUUCACCUGUAGUGCUGAUCACACCAUCCGAAAGUGGGACGUGGUGACUGGACAGUGUUUGGUUGUUUACCGAGGACACACAUCAAUUGUAAACAGGAUCCUAGUUGCCAAAGACUACCUCUUCAGUGGCUCCUAUGACCGAACAGCUCGCUGCUGGAGUGUGGACAAGGAACGGCAAAUCCAGGAGUUUCGAGGUCACCGGAAUUGUGUCUUGACCUUAGCUCACUACUCCUCCAAGGACAUCCCAGAUGCAUCCUCUGAGCAAGGAGAGAAGGCCAGCGGAGACUUCCUGGUGACGGGCAGUACAGAUGGCACAGCCAAAGUUUGGUGGGUGUCCAGUGGGUGUUGCUACCGGACUUUGAGGGGCCAUACAGGAGCAGUCCUGUGCCUUGCCCUGGAUGAACUCAAUCAGGAGCUCUUCACAGGCAGCACCGACUCCACCAUUCGAACUUGGAACCUUGUGACUGGGGAGCCUCUAAAGGUGUUGAAAGAGCAUCAGGGAUCAGUGAUCUGCCUGGAGCUGGUGAAUCGGCACUUGUACUCGGGAAGUGCAGACAGGACAGUGAAGUGCUGGCUGGCAGACACUGGGGAGAGUGUGCGCACGUUCAGAGCCCACAAGCAUAGCGUGAGUGCCCUCAAGUACCACGCCGGCACCCUGUUUACAGGCAGUGGGGAUGCCUGUGCCCGAGCAUUCAAUACUGAGUCCGGUGUGCUACAAAGGGUAUUCCGGGGCCAUACCUUCAUCAUCAACUGCAUCCAGGUUCACAAUGAGGUACUCUACACAGCCUCCCAUGAUGGCACCCUGAGGAUCUGGGACAUUCAUGGAGUCUGCAAGCAAAAUUUACGUAGCCGCCCCAAGAGGGAGGUGCUGACCCAGAACCGCAGCACCCCCAAAAGGAGCCUCUCCCAGCUCUUCAACAACAAAGUUGGCUGCACAGUGACUCCACCCCAGGGUGGGGAGUGUGAAACCAUUGAGCUGCUGUGACCAUGGAGUACAGAAGGGACCCUAGUUAGCCAUUGGUUGCCCAAACCAAGCUGUCCUCUUGUUACCCAGCAGGAGGGAAGACUAGAUGGUCCCAAGUUUGUAGUUUUGAAACUGUUCACAGUGAAUGUUUGAAAAUCCAUUUCCUUGAUGAGCUCAGGAAAUUGAAUAUCUUGUGUGGUCAUGCUUCAUGUGGGUCAUGAUGGUGCAGAAGCCCAACUUCCUUGAUUCAUGUGCCUCUGGGACUUCUGGCUGGGACUAACAAAGGAGCCUGUAGGACUAGAUGAGUCCCCUCAGUAUGCUUAUAUAACUGUAAUUUUAAACUAUUUUUAAAAAUUCUCUGCAACUAGCUGCUGCCCAGCACUAGAACCUGUUCUCAAGAAAACAAGAAAUUAGGGGCAACUAGGUGGUGCAGUGGAUAAAGCACCAGCCCUGGAUUCGGGAGGACCUGAGUUAAAAUCUGAUCUCAGACACUUGACACAAGUUGUGUGACCCUGGGCAAGUCACUUAACCCUCAUUGCCCUACCCCCCAAAAAACCAAGAAAUUAAGAGAAAAGCAGGAAGAUUCUGCCUUUAUUAAGUUAUCUAGCAAGGGAUGAGGUAACAGAGGCUGCACUUUUGCUUUGGGAAGUUUCUGUCUCCCUUUUUCUCCUCUCCCUCCUCCCUUUUUCCUGCCCUGCCUCCUCUCUACAUUUUCUCCCAUUCCUCUCCUUUUCCUUUUUCCUCCAUGUCGUUUCCUCCUCCAUCAUCACUAUCGAUUUCCCACUUUCUUUUCCUUUUAUUUUUAUUCUCUCCAUCUGUUUCUCCCUUUCCUCUUUCCAUUUCAUCACCUUCCCCCAACAUUACCACUGUAGAUAUCCAAGUGAAAUGUUGCCGGGAAUACAAGAUUAAGCCUUUCUUGUGGGUGAGAUUGGCUGCUGCUCCUUAGAUACUUUAACUUGGCAAACCCCAGUGUCUAUCCCUGUCAUGGAUCAACAACCUGAUCUCUUAGUCAGAAAUUCUGCUUGGGAAUAAGGGAUCAGACAGCAAUUCCUCUACUCCCUGAAUCCCCAAGUGAAGCCAGAACCUUAACCCCUGAGCUCAAGGAGAAGAGAGAAGGGACAUUACAUAUAUUUUUAAACUAUUUCAAAAGAGAACCCUUGAGCCGUGGUUAUGUAUGUGAUCACUGUCAUGUUUCCAUUUUGGUCAGUUUUCUGUGAUGCGGGAACUUGAGAACUGAAAUACAUAGCAUUUGCUAGUCAUGCUCUUGAUUUGCUUUUCUUUAUUUAAUCCUUUACAACUAUAGUGGUAAGUUCUAUGUUUUGUACAGAGGAGUGUAGUAAACACAGCUUAAGGAAGGCUGGGUGGUAUGAUGGCUUUGGAAUCUAAUCUCUUCCACUGGUCUGUUUUAGACCAACUUUUUUCAUUUAACACGUGGGGAAAUAGAGGCUCAAAGAG